AGCGGUUCACUGACAGUACGUUCAACAAGUACACUCGAUAACCAGGCAGACGCUGUGGAUUGUUGAAGUGUAGGCUACGUAGCUAUCCCUUAUUUUUCUAUUUAUUUAUUCAAGUUAUACUUUUUUCAUUAGGUCCAACAGGUGCUGAUGAUGUGGGGAGCCUCACUGUUUUUUUUCUACUAUGUCGUGGCCCAGGGGACAUCAGAUGAAGUUAAAGUGGAGUGUUCUAAAUAUACUGGGACUCUUCCUCCUGCCAGUGAUACCUCUCCAUCUAUCCUGGCGGACCUGAAAAUGGAGCUGGUGACAGUGGGAGGAAAACAUAUGAUGAACAUCAGCUGGGCAAUCAACAUUGAUGCUAGUAUUAGAGCUCUGACAGGCACUCGGAUCAAAAUUUCAGGGGAACAGUACUACUGUGAAUACAACCCAGUUUUGGCCACGGCAAGCCUCAGCUCAGAGCAGAAAUGGUUUCAUUAUUUAGUAAAAGCAAGCUAUGGCCACAUCAUGAUCGAAGCUGCCAAUCUCCCUUUGCCUCCACCAAACAGCGGUUUUGCUUAUAAGUAUAUAAGUACCGAAAUACCUCGUCCAACAAUUACUUCAGGUGUUACAUCAAAGCCUACUACAGGUCCAAUAGCAGAGAUCACAUCUUUAAGCUUAGUGAAAGUAACUGUCACUGAUGAUGUCGACUUCACGAGCACGGUGGGGGCCAUUUUUGGAGGACUGGCCAGUUUGAUGAUUCUAAGUUCCUGCUUCAUAAUCUAUAAAAGCUGUAGAACCAACUUUGCCAACUCAUUGGGUUUCAAAAAGUUGCCCACAUCUCCCAUGGCUUCCAUCCCCGUCCUGAUGGUGUACCCUGCGGAGAAUUCAGCCUUCCAGCAGGCCGUGGUAGCACUGGCAGAGUUCCUGCAGUGGCACGGUGGCUGCAACGUAGCUGUCGACAUGUGGCAGCAGGGGAAGAUUGCAGAGCUGGGGCCAAUGCGCUGGCUGGCAGAACAGGCCAAGGCUGCACACAGAGUGCUCAUCGUCUGCCCACAGGUAGAUAUUUCCUCUUCACAGACCAGCCACUCUCCUCCCAACCACACCUUCCCAGAAUCCUCCAUCCCAGCAGCAGCUCAUGACCUUUACCCACUGAUUCUCAACAUGGUGGCGAGCCAUGCGAAGAGCGCCAGCGACUUGGCUAAGUUCUGGGUGGUGCAGCUGGGCGAGCAGCAGGACAAGAAUCCUAGUAACCUGGCGCCAGAACUGAGUGCCUGCAAGACUUUUUGUCUGGUGAAGGACUUAAACAAGCUGCGCAGGGGUCUGCAUACCCAGAGUCAGAUAUCCAAUCUGAUCUUCAGACCAGGGAAUGCAUACAGUGAAAAGUGUACAGUGAAGUUGAGGGAAGCUGUAGAAAAACUAGGUGGACAUCAGCCAAGCAUUUUCAGAGAGGUGGAACCGUUGAGAUCUGUGGUCACUGUUGUUUGAACAUCUUUAAUGAAAAUGUUUAGAUUGGCGGAUAAAGAGGAUGAGUCGGAAUAGUUGAUUAGUGAAUAGUCUUUUGUUACGCUUUCUGCAUUUAUACUAUAUCAGUUUGCCUUUAGUUAUGGCAUAGACCUAUGCUGAUUUUGGUUACCAAAACACUGGCGUGGACACUGCAGAGUGGAUAUGUGUCUCUGUCAGUAUUUCAUCUGUGGUUUGAAGCACUGCAUACUGUAUUUAUCUAUUUUGUAAUAACCUGAAAGUUUCUAAUUUUUUGUUAUCCACCUCAAAGAUGCUCUGUUAGUGUUUUAUCUGUCGUCAUCAUCAUGCACUGUAGACAUUGUAAACUGAUGAACAGUAGUACAAAAAAAGAAAACGGGCAACAAAGACCACUUAUCCUUUUGUGUAAUAGGUUUAAGACAUAAUUAAUUUGAUGUAUUUGUUUGUUACGUUUAUUUAAUCUGCAAUUCUUAAAUAUCAAAGAGAAAGAGGUGGUUGCUACUCCUUCAUCGUGUGUCUCUGAAUGGGAUUAAUGGGUAUAGAAAUUGAUGAUUAAUGCCCUUUGUAUUGUGUUCGUUGUUGAAUUUUUCUUUAAAUGGAAUGACAAAUGUUGAUUAAAAACAUUUUUUUAAGACAA